UUCAAGGCACGUACGAUGGCUAGAUUCCACGAGUAUCAGGUGGUUGGUCGUAAGCUCCCCUCCGCUAAGGAGGUUGCUCCCAAGCUCUUCCGCAUGCGCAUCUUUGCCCCCAACACUGUCGUUGCCAAGUCCCGUUUCUGGUACUUCUUGAAGAAGCUCCGCAAGGUCAAGAAGGCCGCUGGUGAGAUUGUCUCCGUCAACGAGAUCUCCGAGAAGCGUCCCGAGCAGAUCAAGAACUUUGGUAUCUGGCUCCGUUACGACUCUCGCUCCGGCACCCACAACAUGUACAAGGAGUACCGCGAGAUGUCCCGUUGCGAGGCCGUCGAGACCUGCUACCAGGAUAUGGCUGCUCGUCACCGCGCUCGUUUCAGAUCUGUCCAGAUCAUCCGUGUUGCUGAGGUUAAGAACGCUGAUGUCCGUCGCCAGUACAUCAAGCAGCUCUUGACCCCAAAGCUUGCCUUCCCUCUUCCCCACCGCGUCCAGCGUGCCGAGAAGGGCAACCGUUCCCUCUACUUGGCCAAGCGUCCUUCUACUUUCUACUAAAUUAUUUGUGUCAUGGAUUAGUUGCAUUUCAUUUUAAUGGGGUGUAAAUUUUAUAAACCAAAAAAAAUACUCAUUCAUGAUUAAAUAAAAGAAAAAAGGAAAGAAGACUGGACUCUACUGUGUGUAUAUCCCUACGUUGUUGAACAUACUUUAUUUCGUUUUUGUUU